AUGACCCAAAAUGUGUAUUUACGUGCAUUAGGAAGUGGAGAAAGUGGUUUCAAAAUAGGUGCAAAGUGGGACAAGUGGGAGACAUGUGCAGCAGACACAUUGGCCACGUGUCGGAGGCUAAUUGGCUCGGCAGCUGGAGUGGGGGAGACUGUCAAAACGUGGCAGGCGGCUGGUCGGGCACGUGGGGAGCAGCUGCAGGCGACUGGGGGUCAGAAGGCCACGUGGCGCCUUUUGGCACUCCUUGUUUAUGGUCUUAGUAGCUCAAGGCGUGCACCAGAUGAUGCUAUCCAUCCUUAUGGCUAUUCCAAGGAAAGAUUUGUUUGGUCUUUGAUAUCGGCUGUUGGCAUAUUUUGUCUUGGUUCUGGGGCUACUAUUGUUCACGAAGUUCAAAACUUGUGGACUUCACAGCCCCCUGGAAACAUUAAGUAUGCAGCCCUAGUGAUUGCUGGUUCUUUUAUUAUUGAAGGUGUUUCUCUUAUUGUUGCCAUACAAGCUGUCAAGAAAGGUGCAGCUGCUGAGGGAAUGAAAGUGAGAGACUACAUUUGGCGUGGCCAUGAUCCCACAUCUGUUGCAGUCAUGACAGAGGAUGGAGCUGCUGUUGCUGGUCUUGUUAUUGCCAGAGCAUCACUGGUUGCAGUAAACAUCACAGGGAAUGGAAUUUAUGAUUCCAUAGGCUCAAUUAUUGUUGGCAACUUACUUGGAAUGGUAUGUGAUGUAUUUUGUUUGUUUAAUCUUUUUCAUUAA